AUGACCGCUACUAAAGCUCUUCCAGAAUGCUGGGGUCACCGAGGGGCUUCAGUAGCUUUUCCAGAGAACACCCUCGCUAGCUUUGAAGCUGCCAUCAAUGAUGGGGCAGACGGCAUCGAGACCGACGUUCAUGUGUCGUUGGACGGUGUCGUUAUCAUGUUCCAUGACCCAGACUUGGAGAGGACCACAGGAUCAAAAGGUGGCUUAAUUAGGGAACGGCAUUGGUACGGCAAAGAUGGAAUGGAAAACCUCCGUACUGUCAAGCAACCUCAACAAUGUAUCCCCACGUUCGUGCAGACCAUUGAUCUUUUGAUGAAACCCGAGAACCAGCACGUCAAGUUUAACGUUGACGUCAAGGUUCAGAAUGACCCUGACCGACUCUUCUCACUCAUGCAUGAUGUUAUUUCAGCGCAGCCUGAUUGGCAGACGAAGUUGGCUCCCCGUAUUUUGCUGGGCCUUUGGCAUCCGCGUUUCGUGGCUUUUGCGAAAGCGAGAUUACCGUAUUGCAGGCGCUCACACAUUGGUGGAAGCAUUUCGAUUGCGCGGAAAUAUUUCUGGGAUGGCGUGGAGGUGUUUUCAAUGGCGUUUGCCUCUUUGACCACCUAUGAUGGCCAGAAGUUCCGAAAUGAGUGCAAAGCUGCGGGCAAGAAGAUUAUGGUAUGGACAGUGAAUGAGCCAGAGCAUAUGAUGGAGGCUGUACGAUGGGGUAUUGAUGUCAUUCUCACGGACGUGACGAAGAAGUGGCUCGAGCUGCGUGCCGCUCUUCAAGUCGAUUACGACUCUAUCCUGUCCCAGUACAGCCGAUGGUUCCUCUGGACAACCUGGAAGUUCUAUUUGCCCCCUAUCUUGGUGAAUAGAGUCGCAAGAAUGUACCUCGAAGGUGCUGCAGGUUCAUUUGACAAUUUUGCGCCACCCGAGGCGUCUGCGACUGUAGUAACAUGA